UUUUGUUUUGUAUAAUGACAGGACAUCAUUCUGACUAGUUAGAAUCUAAAGAUUUUUGUAAGCAAUAUGGGAUGUUUUAAGGUGCUGAAGAGUAAGAAGAAGAAAUCUGAGCAGUCCAUGCAUAAUAGACGUGACAAACCUCAGCAACAUUCACCAACUAUGUUGCCUGAACCUCAAACCAGUACACGUUCUUUGCAAUCAGCACCUCCAAGUUUUAGAACUAGGGUCGAACCUGUUCCGUCAAAAAAUGGGGUAAGCAGUAGCAGGAUACGAGCAUUAUCUGCCCCAUCAAGUCUUCGUGCGGCAGAACAAGAUGCAUUAUUGUCCACUGAAUGUGAGGAACAGGAAGAGCCUGAAACUCGUGUUGGCUCAAUGAAGGAAUAUCGUUCAUCAAGCCCUCAACCGCUUCCUCUUCCAUCACCAGGGAAUACUGCUAUUCUGAAGACUGCGAGUAGCUUUAAAAUAGUGAACACUAGUGGCCCCCUUAAUGCGUCUGGACCACUUCCUCUGCCUCCUAUGUUGCCUGCUACAUUGCCUAAUAGAUACAACCAUUUUAGAAUUAGUCUCUCAUUUGUUUAUCCUUUGCAGAGUGUGAAGGAAUUUGUGAACGAGGUGAAUACUCUAGCAUCCUUGCAACAUCCCUUCCUCUGUAAACUGCUAGGUUUUCAUGCACGUGAGGGAUCAGACCGCAGAAUGUUGGUGUAUGAGAGGCUAUCUCAUGGAAGCUUAGACAGGGUUUUAUAUGGAAGAUCAAAUGGGCCAGCAAUUGACUGGAAUAGCAGAAUGAAAGUUGCUUUAUGUGCUGCUCAAGGUCUUACAUUCCUGCAUGAAGAAGGACCUUUCCAAGCAAUGUUCCAUGAAUUUUCGACUGCCAAUAUACAGAUCGACAAGGAUUUUAGUGCCAAGCUUUCUGGAUAUGGUUGCAUUAGCCACAUACCAGAGACUGAUAUAUCCAACACUUCAGUUGCUCUAGGAAAUCUUUCAGUGGAGACCCUGGAGAGAGGGUUGCUAACACCUAAAAGCAAUGUAUGGAGUUUUGGGAUCGUGCUUCUUGAACUUCUCACAGGCAGGAAAAAUCUUGACAGUUUACAUCCCAAGGAAGAGAGAAAUUUAGUCAAAUGGAGUCGGCCUUUCCUUGCCGAUGACUCGAGACUGUCCUUGAUUAUGGAUCCGCAGCUAAAGGGUCGUUUCCCAGCCAAGGCAACUCGGAUGGUGGCGGACAUUGCUCAACAAUGUCUUCAAAUGGAUCCAUCGGAGAGGCCCACCAUGAGAAACGUUGUAAAGCAUCUGAAAGUCAUACAAGACGUCAAGUAUACGUCUCUAUUUCCGCUGCAAGAGCCAGGAGCAGUUAGUGGAAAACCUAUGUUACGAUCUCCCAGCCUGAACGGGAUCAUUACUCCAGUUCCCAGGUCAAGUUUCUCUCCGUCACCUCCAACAAACAAACCUUCUAUUUCUCCAAUAAGUCUGCCUUCACCGCCAUUAACUCUUCCUCCCCGAACAUGUUCUUCUACCCUCUCCUUGGAGAAAAUAGAUCGACAGGAAAGCCGGAGAUCAUCAUCAUCAACUGUUAGAAGAUCUGGUGUUGAAGGAUUUUGAUUGUCAAUAGAGAGCAUUUUUUAUUUUUUAUUUUUCCUUCUGGACAGGUGAUUUUGCAUGAAAUAGAAGAUAAAUUAUCUGGUUCACAAUUGUUAGGAAGGUCUGGGGGAGUGAUGUUCUGUAAAUAAGUUUGUUUAUGGACCAGUCUGAAAUGCUGCUGGGAAGCCUUUCUUCUUACUCCUUUCCCAUCUCACCGUGUACACAAUGCUUCUGUCCUAUGUCUAGUGUUAUUACAUUUAAUAAAGGUCAUUGAAUGACCAUUUCUGUAAGGCCAUUCAGAUUUCAAGAAAAUCUGCUUUCAGGUCACAUUAAGUAGUUUAGUAGCUGGUCAUUUUCCUUCUGGCUUUCUUAAAUUCUGUGCGUCAAGGCAUGCUUUUGAUGCACACUAUAGGAUUAGGACUCGAUAUAGGUUCUUAUCUUUCUUAAUUCUAUUGAAUGUUAUUCAGUUCACUUUACUAAACUUGUUUCCAUUCGUUGUGUA